UAAAACGUUUCCAGAAGUGCGUGAAUGCAACACUAGGCCAUAGAAACCAGAGGUUCAGUGUACCUUAGCAACCAUGGAGGACGAGAUUUCCUUGAUCGAGGAAAAUGGCGAGGUCACGCAAGAACAGAAGGAACUCAUUUACAAACGGAUCGAAGAACUAAAGCAUUCCAAUGCAGCCCUCCUGGCAGAGAAUGACAUGUUUGAAAGCUUCAUUUUCCGCCUGGAUCCACAAGACCUGGUGUCCCAGGCUGGGGGAGAGGGUGCCGGGGCAGCACGAAGCUUGAAGCUGGGGGCUGGGGGCGUUGGAUGGAGGCGAAAGUCCAGGUCCAACAUAUCGGAUCGUUUUCAGCCGCUCACUUUAGAACAAAAACUGUACAUAGCGCAGAGAGAAGUAAGAGAAACACAACAGGACCGGGAGAAACUCAAACUGAAAUCUGAAAAAACCAAGGACAACUACAAGGCCUCUAUGAAGGAAGUGGAAUUACGUCUGGCUGAUCUCGGGAAGGCCAAGAACGAUUUUGAGCGUAGACUGGUCAAACCCACAAAGGACAACACGCUAGAAAUGAAAGAGCCAGAGAAGGUGCUCCAGUACAUUGAAGACAAGUUAAAGGUCACCCAGCUGGAGACCUUUAAUGUAAAGAAUCAGGCACUAAAGCUCCACGAGAAGAAGCUCCUGCAACAGCUGCAGCAGAAAAAAGAGAUGGGGAAAGCUGAGUAUGAGGAAUUUUUUCAGGAGUAUGACGAGCCAAGACCUGACAAAAACCUGGAUGAACUUCAGAUCAACAGUUUGAAGGUUCAGCGUGUUCUCAGCUCACACAAGGAAAAGCUGCAGAGUGUGACAUUAAUGUCGGCAGAGCUGAGCAAUGACAUCGCCAAAGUGAGGCAGAUGCUGGCAAAAAUAGAGGAGGAGUUACAGCAUGCUGAGAAGGAGCAUUCAGCGGCUGAAGCCCUUAACCACAAACUCAGACGGCAGCUCAGAGAUUAUCAGGCUCCUGAUAUCACUGAGUACAUGCAUGUCAAAGACAAAUACAAGAAGCUUAAGCAGAGCAUUCACACUUGGGAGAGAAAGGUUGGGAUUGCUGAGAUGGCCUUCAAGACCCACAAUAAAGUGUGGAACAAACAGGUUGGAACUAGCUCCGGGGAACACCAAAUCCCAAUAAAACUCCCACACAUAGCAGGACAUAACAUGUAGAAAAAAGAAGUUUCCCAGAUGACUGAUUUGAUGACAACAAGAAAACUUUCCAUCAAUCGUUCUGCGUCUGCUUUGUUUAUUGUUGUUUGCAAUCUUUUAAUGUUUUUUGUUAAAUGUAAAAACAAUGGCUUUCAUCAUCAUCAUAUCUGUGUCCCUGAGAGUUACUUAUUCAAAAUUAUGAUUGACAUUAAAAAUACAUUGUGUUAUUGCUUUUCUUUUCUUUAUUUAUGCAAAUGUGACUCAUUCAUUUAAGAUUAAGACAGCCGUUAUUGACACAAAAGGGAAACUUGUUCUGUAAUGCAGUGUGGUGCCCGAGGACCAUCUGCAGCUGUGGGCCUUUGCCUUGUUCAAUGGCACAAUGACAGGAGAAUGAACGGAUCAUGUCACGGCAGGAAGAAACGGGAACUUCUGGAAUAAACAAAAGCAAACUCCACACAUCAGGGCCCUGCCCUAACCCGUGUUCACAACAAGGACUCGGGACUCUUUCUGCGAGGAAAUGUGCUAACUACUCAGUUUGUGUUUGUGGCUUUUCUGCCUUUUGUUGUGCUCUCACAAGUUUCUGUACUCUCAUCUUAUUCAGACCAUCUAUUGCUUAAAAGGUAGUGCAGGUCGUUUACUAGCUGUAGGAUUAGAGGUUUCAUCCCUGGCUCUUGUAGUCUGCACAUUGAAGUAACCUUGCGCAAGAUACUGUUGUCCCAAUGCAUCUAACAGAGUGCGCAUGAAUGUUAGUGUGCCUAGGUUUAGAAAAAAGCACUUUUAUGAAUGUAUGCGAGAUUGGGUGAAGGUUUGUAGUAAAAUGCAUUUUGAGUGUGCAAUUAAAGUAGAAAAGUGCUUUGUAAGCAUCGAUCUAUUUACCAUUCAUCUACUCUCUUUUUGACUGUUGCAAAUCUGAAUGACUACAAUCUUGAAACUGUACUUCUCUGCUAUCCAAACAGAACACCUGCCAAGUGUGAAGUAGAUCAAGUAAAAGGUUGUAGAGAACAUAAAGAAUAGACACACACUGGCUGAGAAAGGGGCUCUGUGGGAAACAGAUGACACCAAGCUGGUCUUUGUCCCCAUACAGUGAAGGCAAUGAGUCUGUGUUAUCUAAUUUAAUGAAAGCUUUCACAAUUUUUUUUAU